CAGAAUGCAUCUAGCAUUGAUUACAUCAAGGAAGACUCCCAUUGGCAAGUUUUCAUAGUGUUGCGACUUGGCAUCUUAUGGAUAUCACAAAGAAAUAUUUGGUGGAUACGCUGUAAAAAGCAUUGGAUAUCUCAAGGAAUGUUGAUGCAUACGCAGUUUUUGGAAUUUACCUCAAGAUUUUUUCUUAUCUGACAUAGAAAACAUAGUGGGGAAAUAUCAGAAAGUUCAUAAUUUUAAUUUCCUGAACAUCAUAUUCUCCAUGUGUGCUUCGAGACUGCACGAAAGCAUACUAAUUCAAUGGAACCUGUUAUACUGAUCCUAUGAAAAAAUAAGCGAGACGUGUUUGAUCAUGCUUAUACACGGCAAAAUGGAUUUAGUGCUGCAUCUGAGGGUGCUGGUGAGUAUUGCAUCUAUUGCUCUACUUGGCACAAGCUGCAAUGGAGGUAAGUUAUCGGAAUCCACGACGUUAUUAAAUUUCAUUCGUGCAGUCGACCCCGAAAAUGUUUUGAGGAUUGAGAGAAACAGAAUAAUGUCUCAUCCCUGCUCAUAUAAAUGGAAGGGUGUUAAAUGCAAUUCAGGAGGCACCGCUGUAAUAGAAAUAAGACUUGUGAAAUUGAACCUUACAGGAAUUCUUGAUGUAGAAUCUCUAUGCAGACUACUAAAUUUGGAAGUGCUUAGCUUAGCCGGAAAUAGCAUUAAGGGAACUAUUUCUGAGUCGAUGUCGAAGUGCAAAAGUCUAACAUAUUUAGACCUAAGCAGGAAUUCUUUAAGUGGGAGAGUACCUACUGCUCUUACUAAGCUAAAGAAUCUAAAGAGACUAGACAUUUCCCAAAAUCAAUUCACAGGUCGAGUUGCAACCUUUGGAUUGUCAAAAUGGUCAUUUUCGUGCUUGAAAAAUGCCCUUAUAACCCAAGAUUCAACAGAAAACAGAAAAAAUUCGAGUGCAAUUCAAGAAAAUUUUCCUCGAAAAGCACUGUCAGAAAGCUCUCCUGAUGCAAAGUCGCAUAAAAAUUGGGGUCUUUGGAUAAGUUUAGGUCUUGGCAUUGUAAUUCUUUUACUGGUUUUGCUCUUUUUGAUACCAAGAGCUCUUAAACGAGCACGAGAGAAGGCAGUUUUAGUUAAUUCUUCAUCGAAAAAUCCUCCAAUCAAAGCUGCGGAUGAAGUGCAGCCACAAAAAAGAAAGUCAGAGCUCGUGUUCUUUGUUGAACCGGAGGAAAGGUUUAAAUUGGAAGAUCUUCUAACAGCAACGACCGGCUUGAAAAUGGAGGGGUUCUGCAGCAGCCUUUACAUCGUGCAACUCAAGAACGAUGCUAUUUUUUCUGUCAAGAGAUUGAAGAAACUGAGGGUAUCCUUGGAGGUGUUUGGCCAGACAAUGAGAAAGGUUGGAAACUUGAAGCAUCCAAAUAUCCUUCCUCUGGUUGCCUACCAUUCUACUGAUAAGGAAAAACUUCUGAUCUACAAGUACGAAAGGAAUGAGAGCCUGCUAACGCUGUUAGAAAACUAUAUUGAAGGCAAGAGAAAUUUUCCAUGGAAACCUCGGGUGUCCAUAGCAGCUGGGAUAGCAGAAGGUCUCAACUUCAUAUAUCAUCGGCCUGAUAACGACGAAAUCAUCCCUCAUGGUAUCAUUAAGCUCUCAAAUAUCCUCUUAAACGACGAAGAAGAACCACUUAUAAGUGAAUAUGGAUAUUCAAGAUUUCUUGAUCCCAGUAGAGAUUGUCUCUAUAAGUCUAAAGGUUAUAUCGCCCCGGAGAAAAGUUUAACUGAAAAAUCUGAUGUAUUUAGCUUUGGAGUGAUUCUGUUGGAGCUACUAACUGGAAACAUUGUCGAAAAAAAUGGAAUAGACCUUCCAAGGUGGGUGAAAUCCAAGGUGAGAGAGGAAUGGACUGUAGAAGUCUUUGACAAAGAAGUUGCUGAGAAUGAAAUGUAUGCUAUUCCUCUGCUGAAUGUUGCGCUGAAAUGUGUAUCGCAUCACCCAAGGGAGCGGCCAACCAUUGCUGAGGUUCGAGAGAAGAUAGCCGAGGUCAUGAGUGCCAUGGAAGGUCUUUCGCCUUCGUCCAUGGAUUCCUCCGAAUUCAGCCAACUCGAUCGUCUUUCAAUCCCUUCUGUGACACCAGAGACUUUGUCCACCACGGGAUCAAAAUCAAACAAGUGAAGUAUGUGCGUUAUGGACAUGUUUCAUAAGCUUGACUUGAUAAUCACAAACAUAUUAAUGAAGAAAGAAGUCAAAAAUCUUAUCUAUUCUAGUAUCUAAUCUUGUACAAUAUUUAUGAGCAUUUGCUGCAGGUCCUCGGUGAACAACAUCUGUUAAUAGGCAAGCAAAUCGCGGAAAGUGGCAAAACCGAGCUUGGCCCAACCAAGGCUCGUUCGUGCAUGGGUUGUUCCGGGCCUUUCUUAAACCAGCUUGGUUCAGCCCGUUUGAAAUCACUAUGUUAAAGUAAAUUCCACUGUACAUUAUUUCCAUAAAGCUGAUACCUGAGUUGUUAUCAAUAAUCACAUUUCCUCGGACAAAAUCACAGAA